GGAAGAGAAGACCCAAGGAGGCUCUUCAGCGUACCCGGGAGUCUGCUUGGAAGAGACGGAAGCGGCCGCCUGAGGCGCGCCGGGCAGCACUAGUGGGCGCCCCUUAUAAUAAAAGGCUGCCGAGGAAAUCCACUAGGCGGGCGCGAGCGGAUUGAGUGAGGUCAGCAGCGGGGCCGGCCAAUGAGCGGUGCAUUUGGGAAGUGCCUGCUCCUGGCGUGCGGCUGAAGGGGGCGGAGAGGCCGAGGUGGAUGCGGUUCCAACGACGGCUCGGACAUUCCGGCACUAGGCAGGGAGCGCUGGCUCUGCGCGGAGACGCGGCUGGGGGAAGAGGGAGAAGAAGAGGAUCGGGGUCCUCUGCUCUGACUUGACGGAGAAAGAAGCCAGCGAGGCGGAAGCCUUUGCCUAGCCAGGCACACAGGUGCAAGCGACGCCCAGCUGCCGGAGGCGAUUAGCGUGCGCUUGGAAAGCGGAGGAUCCCCCGAGCCGGGCGCCUGCUCGCCUCGCCUGAGAGGAACGGGGGUGGUGGUGGUGGUAUCGUUCCUCCCGUUGCCUCAGCCCUCUUUGGCAGCGCUUCUUCACCUGCCACCUGGAAGGGCGCGCGCCCCGGCUCAACCAACCAGCCAGCCAGCCAGGUGUGCCAAGAAAAGAAAGCAUGAUUGAAAGAAAAUGACUUCUUUGAUCCUGAUGACUCCAGUCUUUGUUUCUUCAUUCUCAAUCUUAAAUGCUUGGACAGCUUCUUGCAAAAGUGAUGCAGUGCUAACUUGGCAGUGAAAUUCUACAAAUAUUCAUUCUCUGACUACCAGGUCUUUUUACUUAUGAUGAUCCUCUCCAUCAUCCAUGGUUUUGAAGAGACUGCCUGCAAAGAUUGUCAAUUGUACCUAAUUCCUGCUUCUUGCUCUCUGAUGAACUCCUCUAAGUUUGUGCUGUGUUCCAUGGUGCAUUUUUAUGGUGUAAAAUGCAUCAUGAGGUGUUUUUCACUUGGAUAAAUUGCAACAUCUCUGUGUUUGUCAAAAGAGACAUGCAAUGCCCUAAGGUGGAUACAUCUGGCUCGAUCAACUGAGAAAGCAACCUGGACUUUUUCUCAAAGUCUUUCUAGAAUUUCUGGUGAAGAAUGUUUAAUGUCAAGAAGCCACUGUCUGGCCAGUACCACUAGUAGACAACUGAGUAACAUCAUCAAAAUUAAUAGGCAACAAUUCUGAGAAUAUGUCAGAAUGUCACAAUGAUCCCGUCUAGCAACAGCACAAUCACUUCGUUACUUCCAAAUGUCAGCACCUUCUGGAUUCGAGAUUCCCAAAGAAAAGGACUUCCCAAUGAAGCUCCAUUGUUUACUAGCACCAAUGGCUCUUCCCAUGCAAACGAGAGCUUUUUCCUCACUACCAUGGGCAUGACCAAUGUGUCUCAUGCUCCUCCUGAUCCUCUGGGAGGACAUGCUGUCUGGCAAGUUGUCCUGAUUGCUUUCUUCACUGGCAUUCUGGCCCUGGUCACCAUCAUCGGAAACAUCUUGGUGAUUGUGGCAUUUAAAGUCAACAAACAGCUAAAAACAGUUAACAAUUACUUUUUGUUGAGUCUUGCUUGUGCAGACCUGAUAAUUGGUGUUAUUUCCAUGAACCUUUUCACUACAUAUAUAAUUAUGGACCGCUGGGCUUUGGGAAACUUGGCCUGUGAUCUAUGGCUUUCCAUUGACUAUGUGGCAAGCAAUGCUUCUGUCAUGAAUCUGCUGGUCAUCAGUUUUGACAGAUACUUUUCCAUCACGAGGCCACUUACCUAUAGAGCUAAACGAACAACCAGAAGGGCUGCAGUGAUGAUUGGCUUAGCUUGGGUCAUCUCGUUCAUCCUUUGGGCUCCUGCUAUUCUGUUCUGGCAAUAUUUUGUUGGAGAGCGGACUGUCGAAGACGAUGAAUGUUAUAUCCAGUUCCUAAAUGAACCUGUCCUCACUUUUGGCACUGCCAUAGCUGCCUUUUAUUUGCCAGUAACUAUUAUGAGUAUUUUGUACUGGAGGAUAUACAAGGAGACAGAGAAACGUACCAAAGAGUUAGCAGGACUCCAGGCUUCUGGGAGUGAGGCUGAGGCAGCAUGCUUUGUCAACCAAACGGGAAGUUCUAGAAGCUGCAACAGUUAUGAACUACAGCAGCAGGACACAAAACAUACCAAACGAAGAAAAUAUGGGGGCUGCAACUUCUGGAUGACAUCCAAGAGCUGGAAACCCAGUUCAGAUCAGGUCGAUCAGGAGCACAGCAGCAGCGACAGCUGGAACAACAAUGAUGGCAACGCAUCGCUUGAGAAUUCUGCCUCCUCUGAGGAAGAUGAUAUUGCCUCGGACACUCGUGCCAUCUACUCCAUUGUACUAAAGCUUCCAGGACAUAGUACAAUUCUCAAUUCUGCAAAACUGCCUUCCUCAGAAGAUUUGCCUGGGUCAGAAGAUGAACUGCAGAAGUUGGACACAGAGUCGAAGGAGCAGAAACCAAAAAGGCUUCACCCACAAAAGAGCAUGGAUGAUGGGAAUUUACAGAAAUGCUUUCCCAAGCUUCCAGUUCAAUCAGCAUCUGCAGUAUAUGCAGGAAAGGCUUCAGACUGCAAUUCUACAGGGAUAAAGGCACCUAAUGCCUUACCUUUGUCAUUCAAGGAAGCCACCCUGGCCAAGAAGUUCGCCUUGAAAACAAGAAGUCAGAUCACCAAACGAAAGCGAAUUUCACUUAUCAAAGAGAAGAAAGCUGCACAGACACUUAGCGCCAUUUUGUUUGCCUUCAUUAUCACCUGGACCCCAUAUAAUAUCAUGGUCUUGGUAAACACUUUUUGUAAGUGUAUCCCUAAAACAUUUUGGAACCUGGGGUACUGGCUUUGCUACAUCAAUAGUACAGUGAAUCCUAUGUGCUAUGCACUGUGUAAUAAAACUUUCAGAACCACAUUCAAGAUGUUACUGCUCUGUCAAUGUGACAAACGCAAACGACGUAGGCAACAAUAUCAGCAGAGACCAUCAGUCAUUUUUCAUAAGCGGAUUCCACGGGAAGCUUCAUAGAAUAGUAUUUUUUAACCACAAUAAUAAACAUUAAAGGGAGGGUGGUUGCUGGAGCUAACUGCAUAUCUUCAAGAUGUGGAAGUAGCAGCCUGGUGUAUGUAUCCUUUUAAUACUUCCUGUAUACUGUAACAGUUGAAGCCACAUAAAGCAAAAAAAUGAAUUACAAAUGUAUUUAUUAAAGAACAACCAGAUAUCUGAAAAACUAUCUACACAAUUCCAAAAAGCUGCAUACAAAACUAUUAGCGAUCUAUUCAGUCCUGCACUUGUUAAUCCAUUCUGGGGAUCUCAGAAGAGCACACGUAACUAGCCCACUCCCAAUAUGUUUUUCUGAUAAAUCUGGUAGGCUCUAAUAUGUCACAAAUUGGACUGAUCUAUUUUAAAAUGUGGGUAUAUGUGUGUGUUCCAAAUACUGUACAGAUGUCCCAAACAUCUUAGAGCUUCCCAUCUUCUCCUUUUGUAGGUGUAAUGUCAAUUUGUUGACCCAGUUUAUUAAAUAACUUGUGCAGGAGCAUCCCAUGUACUCAGCACUUGCUGUCUGUUUACAGGAAAGGUGAGGUCUUGUCUUUCUCAGCAGUAAUUGCCAUCACUAUGAGAUGUGAGCAGGGGCCUUGAAAACAGUUUUUCAGAACUCGUUUAUAUUGUAUUGAUUUGGGCAAUCUUAAAAUUGUAAUGCCACAAAAUAUUUUUAUGUACAACAGUGAAGAAUUUCCGAAGGGUGCAUGUUAUCCCUAUCUAUACAUUCAAGCAGAAGAACUGAGCGUGUAUAUUUUUCAAAUAGAAAUCCCCUUUAAACAUUAAAAUAUUAUUUAAAUUGGAGAAGGAUGGCCCAGUCCAGAAAGAAGAAUCCUUACGAGAAUUUCAUCUUCAUGAGAAACUGGGUACAGGCUUUACUUCUGCUUUAAAUGUGAGGGUCACAGAGGGACUCAGAUUUCCAGUGCAGUACCAAGCACAGCCCUGGGAAUCUCUUUAAGUUGUAGAAAAGCUGGAACAGAAAGUCUCAUCUUUUGUACAAAUUUGAGGGAGGGGAGGGAGGGAGAGAGAAAGAGAAAUCCAGAAAGAGGCUUAAGAAUAGUGUCAGCAAAAACUCAGGUCCGUAUUUAUCCUGUGUUUUUGUUGAAGCGUAUGACAAGGACAAAGAAUUUAUGGAAUAAGCACAUUACUUCUUUCCAGCUGUCUGAAUUAGGCAUGCUCCCAAGGAAAAUGCACCAGAGUCUUGUGUCUAUUUUCUGUACAUUGAAAGGCAUUUUAGACAUGGGAUAAAUAACUGUGUUUUUUAAAAAAAAAAUAAUGAAAUGGCACUUUCAAUAAUGCUUGUCGAUUUUGAAAGCUUUUGUUUAUUAUUAUUAUUAUUAUUAUUAUUAUUAUUAUUAUUAUUGCUGUUUUUGUUACAAACAGUAGUGGAAAUUUCCAGUUUGUGCAGUACAAUGUCCCAAGUGAAUGUAAGUUGUUUGCCAAUUCAAAAAGCUAAGCACCUUCUCAGAAAGAGGAAAAAAAAGGGCUGUAACGUAGCUGAGACACAGUGAUCCCUCUUAUUUAUCAAAUCAGUCAGUUCAGCAGAGCUUGGACACGUCCCCCCUUCUCCCCCCCCCCCUUAGCAACUCCAGCUGGUUCAUUCAGGGCUGUGUGCACAGGAAAUGUUCCAGAGGGGGUCUGUGUCUCUGCUGCACUUUGUAAAAGUCAGGACAUGCCAGAGGAAAGGACUGUACUUUAAGCAAUUGUUUCAAAUCAGAUUUAUUUACAUUUUUUAAAAGCAAGAGUUUUAUCAGGUUUCUCCCCACCUUUUUUCGUUUUUGAUCUGACACUCAGAUCUGACAAUAAUAAUAAAAAAAGCAACUUCCUUUAUGAAGAGAGGACUCAGUGUUGUGAACACGGAACUGGUAUAAAAGCUGCUUUUGUAUUCAGUGUGAGAUGGUGUUUACAGGUGAUUUUGACAACAGUGGAAAUAUAUUAAAUAGUGUCUGUGUAUCUGAGCUAUUUAAUUUUGUGAUCUAUUAAUAUGAAGAAAUAUUUUUAUCCAUAAAUGCCACCAAAAUGUUUUAUUUAAAUGUUGAUAAAUAUUGCUCUUUGGUCUUCAACUGUAAUGUCCUUUUCAAGCAGAUCAUAAAAGUGUUCUUGAAACAUGAA